CCCAUACGCGUUGUAUCUGUGCAUACAUUAUGCUAGCACAAAUGCGAGGGCGCCUGGGCGCGCCAUGCGCUGCUGGGCGCAGCUGCCAGCCGCCACCUCUGCAUUCCGCAACGCCACGUCGACCGCUGCGCAGCUUCGUCGUGCCAGCAGCUGCCUCUGUAGACGAGGUCUCUAAUGCACCUCCUGUAACUACAGAUUGGUCGGCGGACCGCCGCAGCUCAGGAGAGGCCUCAACGUCGGGACAGGAGCAAGGGUUUGACUACGAUGCCCCCGCCUGGGUGCGCGAGCGCAACGCAGUCUUCGCCAAGCAGCUGGAGGGCAAGCUCGUGCUGGCGCCUCUCACCAAGGGUGGCAACGUUCCGUUCCGGCGGCUGUGCCUGCACUUCGGUGCCGAGGUGACCAUGAGCGAGAUGGCCUUCACCAAGCCGCUGCUCAAAGCCCCCUGUGACCGUGUCGAACGAGCACGGCUUUACAAGGCGCCUGGCGAGCAGAUGUUUGGCUUCCAAGUGGCCUGCAAGACCAUCUCGGACGGCAUCGCAGCGUCAAAGCUGGCCAAAGAGGGCGGCGCCCAGUUCCUGGACAUCAACUGCGGCUGCCCCAUCUACGAGGCCACUCGUCGCGGCAUGGGCAGUGCAAUGCUGCGCAAGCCGCGGGCUCUGGCCAAAAUGGUGGCGGGCAUUGCGGCGGACAGCGAGCUGCCGGUGACCGUCAAGAUUCGGCUGGGCGAGAAUGACAAGAAGAUAGUGGUGGACACAGUGGUGGACUACCUGCACCGCGCGGGGGCGGCGGCAGUCACCGUGCACGGUCGCACCGCGGAGCAGAGGUACAAGAAGGCUGCUGACUGGGCAAAGGUUGGCGAGGUGGCUCGCUCCACGCCUGUGCCCAUCAUCGGCAACGGCGACAUCCUCACGCACUACGAGGCGCACGCGCGGCGCACCGAGAGCGGCUGCACGGCGGUCAUGGCGGGCCGCGGCGCGCUCAUCAAGCCCUGGAUCUUCCAGGAGUACAAGGAGGGUCGGGAGUGGCUGCCCAGCACGGAGGAGCGUGUGGGUGUGUACCGCCUGCUUGUGUCCUACAUGAAGGAGCACUUCGGCGACGACGAGCGCGGCCGGCGCAAGGCCUGGUACUUCUUCCCCUGGCACUUCGACUUCCUUAACAGGUAUCGGCCGCUGCCUGAGGCCGUGUACGGCGCCGCCUCACGUGAGCACCCGCUCAUCAUGACGCGCAUGGACCUGACCGACGCACGUGUGGGCGAGGAGGGCCCGGAGGGCCUGGGCUGGGCGGAGCGGCUGCUCCGCUGCGAGCACCCCGAGUCCCACGAGGCCAUUGCGUCGGCGCUGUGGGAGGCGGCCAGCGAUGCGGACGCCGUGGCCGCGUUGGAGCGCAUUGGGCGGGAGGGCGUGGAGGCGUGGGAGGAGGCGGUGCGGGCGGGCGGGAGAGGCGGCGACGCUGCGCGCGGCGGCGGUCUGGGCGUUGGCGGUCCUGCGGGAGGAGAGGGCGACGGCGGCCGGGAGGGCGGCGGCAGGGGCGGGCGCAGAAGCAGGAACGACGAUGCGGAGCUGGAGCGCGGUUAGGGAUACCGGUAGGCAGCAGCUGGGUAUGGGUGCAGGCACUGCGCCUGGUGAGGAUAUCGACGCGCGCCGGCUUCUGCCAAGCUGGCACUGUCGAGCUGAUGCUGGAAUGCACUUGAUACGAUGGUAGGACAGCAGGUGGCCCGCCGUUUUGGCUUGCGUGCAGUUUGUGCUUGGUGGAUGCAGUGCGUUAUGAUUGUAUAGAGCGUGUUGGGGUGCGGUGUCGUUGCUUCUUGGGUGGUCACUUCUUACGGCCUUCAGGCCUUAGCGCCUGUAACCAGGUUCCGUCCGAUCAGUCGUAAGCGCAUUCUGGUGUAUGAAGACUCGCGAUGAAGCUAACAUCGCGAAUCUGCGUGAACCAAGUUCACUCCAUUCACGCCUGCGUUGAACACCACGCUUCCACGCCUUCCUUUAAACGC